AUGAAUCGGCGUCUAUCGAAAGCCAAUUCGAUCACAACCUAUGAUACAGCUACCUUAUGGCGUGCAUUAGAAGCAUCAUCUGCCAAUCAACAAAAUCCGACUACACGUCGAUGGCAACGGGCAGCAAGUCGACUGUUACGGCAGCACACCAUUACAACAAUGUCUCCGCAACAAGAUCAUCUAUCAUCAUCUCUGUCAGGAACUAACAUAGGAAUUGCAGGAAAUGAUGUCAGUGAUUCCAAUAAUGAACGACCCGAGAGCAAUCUCGCAUUUGUUCGUCGUAAAUGCGAUGAAUGGUUAACACAUGGCCUACCCAAACUAGCUCAGUUACAAAACCAUCAAUUGCAAAUUGAUGAACGUGAUUUGAAGAUCGAAAAAGAAUGGCAACCAUUUUUAAAUGAACAAGCAAAAUCAUUCAUGUCGGAAUCGAUCAAACUUCAACAAGAAGCCAUCUACGAAAUGCUUUCAACUGAAGUCUCCUAUAUACGUCAGAUUUUAACCAUGACCGACAUAUUUAUGACAAGUGUAAUGAUACUAAAAUCAUCUCAACGUGAUGGACUGCUAAAUGAUAUCGAUAUGGAAAAAUUAUUUUCGAAUAUUCAAGACGUCUUGAAAGCCAAUCUGACAUUUUGGAAAGAGAUUUUAUUGCCCAUCAAACUAAAACUUGAACAAACAGGCUGUGCAAUGAAUCCGUCACAUUUGAAACAAGGAUUUCUCAAAUUUGAUAUUUAUUUUCAAUCAUAUCUUCAUUAUGUACUUGAUCAAAAAGCAAGUGCCGAAUAUUUCAAGCAAAAACUUGCUAAAGAUGAUCUUUUUCAGUAUCUAAUUACUUGGAUCGAAGCUAACUUUACAAACCGUUUGUCAUUUCCGGAUCUGACGAUUAAACCGUUGCAAAGACUUACACAAUAUAAAUUAUUGCUGGAAGCAAUACAGAAACGAACACAAGAUAAUCAACAACGAAAUGAUCUACAUGAAAUGAUUCAAAAUGUGGCAAAUUUCGUCAAUCGAGUCAAUUCAAAAUUGCACAGUCAGGAACAAGAAGAACGUGUACGUCAGAUAAGUGAUCGGAUUGGUCCAUAUGAAUAUGUAUCAGCGCCGCCUGAAAUCACUUCCAUACUCCAAGAAUACUAUCGUGAUUCAUGUUCUCAUCGAUUGGAUCUUCUUCGUGAUAUGCCAUUGUACGUACGAGGCUAUCGUCGUCAGAUCAUUCAGCAAGGACCGAUGAAAAUGAAAGAUGCAAAGAAUAGUCAAGAUGUUUAUUGUUAUUUAUUCACUGAUAUGUUUCUUAUAACAAAAGGUGGAAAACGAGGUGGAACGUUGAAUUCGUCAUCGUCGACAGCAUCGACGUUAUCAUCGAUGAAUAAUGAUGGACAAUCGAAUCGGGGAGCAUCGGCGAUAUCGAAUAAGAUUCUUAAACCACCCAUACGAAUCGAUCGUAUCGAUGUCCGAGAAUACGAUCGGCGGGGUAGCAACAACGAACCGAACACCGCAUCCUUUGUUAUUCUGGUUUUUUCGGAAUAUAAUUUAAUUGAAUGUGGAUAUUUAUUUCAAACAAAUCUAAGUAAACAAUGGAUGGAAAAUAUCCGAUCAACAAAGUCCAAUUUUCAAUUACUAAUGGAAGAAUCGAAAAUGAAACUGCAACACGCACAUAAUCAUUCGAUUAUUAAUUCAAAUCCAUCGUCAUCGACGAUCUCAAUAACAACAUCCAAUUCGAUUCCAUCUACUAUACAUCACUCAUUACCGAGUCUAUCAUCAACAUCAGAAAUAUCAUUAGACCUAGGGGCAUCAGCGAAGCAUGACGUUGUAUCACUGGAUAGUUCAUCUAUGGAAGAAUCACCUACGAAUAAUAUGACCGAAUCGGAUCGGCGUUCAUCGAAAAUCGAAUCCGAUGUAUUCAAAACUGUGGAACAAACACGUCGAAAUUCACGUACGGAUCAUAAGAACUAUGGUCGAUAUUUCACAGCUGAUGGUACAGGUACACACGUUCCAAAUCCCUCUUCAUCAUCUUCUUCUUCGUCAUCAAUAAAUCCAUCAUCAAUGAAAUCAACAGCAUCAACAGCCAUUAUAAAACGAAUGUCUUGGAAUAACGAACCGGUUAAAGCGAACGAUUCACCAACGAUUCCAACAAAUGAAUUGAGCAAUACCAAUUCGUUUCGCAGUGUUUAUAGUUCAAGUGGUGUGAGUUCCACCGGCUCAUUCUUAUCUAGCGCCGAUGAAGAAUCAUUAGUAAUAACAACAUCAUCGUCCAUACCAGCUAUUGUACCAUCCGUAACUAAUAAAAUCGAUGACAUAACAGAUGAACUCGAUGAAAUCGAUGGGAAAAGUUCAUCAUCAACUGUGAUUGGCACAGAUGAUUAUGAACAUUUAUCAAAUCCCAUAUCAUCGCAUCGACAAAACAUCUUAUUAACAGAAAAUCCAGUUGAUUUAAUUAAUAGUGAUCUGAUUGAUCGACCGAAUAGUCCACAGCUCGUCAGUAGAUUGUCAUCAUCAAGUACGAAUACAAUCACAUCAUCCAACGAAGCCACAACACCAAAUAACACUCAGGUAUCAUCGCCAGAAUCAGCGUUGCGCCGAACACCAUUUCCAAGUGUAAAGAAACGUCAUCCAGGUCAUACUCAUCAUCGAAGUGGGUUUGGACAUCAACAUCAUCAUCACGAACAAGAUCAACAACGACCGUUUCGUCGUCAUCGAAUCUUCGAUGAAAAUGAUCUUCGAGCGUCAACACACACAGUUGUCUACGAUUCCUCAAAAGUCAACAACACUUCAUCAAUGUCAAUUCCUAUUCGUCGAACAGUGGUAUCAACAUCUGAUGACCAUAAUAAUACCAUAUCAUCUUCACUUACUGGCAGUGGCAAUGAAAGUGAUUACGAUAACAAUCAAUCGAGUAACGAUUAUACCAAUGUCUCUAUAUAUGGAUCAUCAUCAUCACGAACGAAUCGAAUACCGGUGACCGAUUUUAGCCAAUCUGAUGAAUUAACACGUACCGAUGAUCUUCUCUUGGGUGAUCAAAAUGAAAUUGUCCUCAACAAUGAUGAGUCAACAGAAGCACAUGUUGAUCUAUCAGAUGAACCUGAUGAUGAAACUGGAAUAUCUCGUCAAUCAAAGAUUACUAUGACUAAUAACAAUAAUCCCCAGUCAGAUAAUCCAACAAUAUCUAUUCAAUCGACAUCAAACCAUCAGAUUCCAACAAAAUUUGACGAUAAUGCACCAACAAAUAUCAUCGAUUAUCGAAAAGAUCCUGUGACAGCUAGAAAGUUAUUCGACAUUCGCAGCCAUCUCCUACUAAAUACAACACUUGAUGCGACAGAAGUGUAA